GUCACUGUUGUUUUGGCGCUAAACAGGAAGUCGUCAUAACCGUCCACCUUAAAAAAGUUUAAUGUAAAUUUAACCUCGUUGCGGAGGCUGGAAGUGCCGCUUAAAUAUCAACAUUAUCGAUAAGACGUGUCAUUAGGGAUUUUUAAAAUAAUUAUUUAACAUUAACUUAACGAAUUAGCAUUUUUAAUUAGCAGCAUUUAAGUAGCAAAGCGCCAAGAAGUCACUCGGGAAUGUUGCUAUCCUGUUAGCUAGUGCUAGCUAAUGGACGUUACUUUCAUGAAUUUGAUUAAUUAAAUUCAUGUUAGAAGUAUUUUUUUGUUUCUGGAUUAACUGUUGAACCUUAGAUGGAUGAGCACAAGGAGAACAUUCAUGGCAAGGACGUCAAUGUGAAGAUGUCUAACACAAGAGAGGAUGAAAAGGCGAAGCCUUGCAGCAGGAUAUGUCCUGCCGGAGAACCUGCUCCUCAGGUGUCCCCGUCUCAGGCCAACAGCGACUUCAGUCAUCCGGUGUACAAAGAGAUCGCUGUGGCCAACGGACACAUCAACCGCAUGUCCAAGGAGGAGCUUCGGAUCAAGUUGGCAGAGCUGAAGCUCGACACAAGAGGUGUGAAGGAUGUGAUGAAGAAGAGGUUGAAGAGUCACUAUAAGAAGCAGAAGCUGAUGCAGUCUGCCGCUGAAGGAGGACCCACGGACACCUACUACGACUACAUCUGCGUGGUGGACUUUGAAGCUACGUGUGAAGAGGAUAACCCGUCAGACUUCCUUCAUGAAAUCAUUGAGUUCCCCAUGGUUCUCAUCAGCACACACACCUUAGAAAUUGUGGACACUUUUCAGGAAUAUGUAAAACCAGAACUGAACCCGCAGCUUUCAGACUUCUGUGUGAAGUUAACAGGAAUAACGCAGAAAAUGGUGGAUGAAGCCGACCCGUUCCCAGACGUCCUGCAGCGAGUUGUAGCUUGGCUCCAGGAGAGGGAGCUCGGGACGAAGUAUAAAUACGCCAUCCUGACCGACGGAGCGUGGGACAUGAGCAAGUUCCUCAACAUCCAGUGUCGCGUCAGCCGGAUCAGAUAUCCUCAGUUUGCAAAGAAAUGGAUAAACAUUCGGAAAUCUUACGGGAACUUCUACAAGGUCCCUCGUACACAGACGAAGCUGAGCACCAUGUUGGAGAAGCUUGGUCUGAAGUAUGAAGGUCGUCCUCACUCCGGCUUGGACGACUCACGCAACAUCGCCAGGAUAGCUCUGCGCAUGCUGCAGGACGGGUGCCAGCUGCGCGUCAACGAGCGCAUGCACGCCGGCCAGCUGCUCUCGGUUCCCAGCUCCGCUCCCGUGGAAGGAGCCCCACCUCCUCAUAACCCCCGCAGCAGGGACUAGAAACAUAAACUGAGUGCUUGUGCAAACAGGAACCCCCGAAUCUGUCUCGACUCUUUACCUUCAUGAGUUAAAAGGAAGAAAAAAAAAAUAUCCAAAGCACUUUUACGGUCUUACUGUAAGGUUGUUUAUGUUUUGGAGCUGAAACACUGUAGUCGGUGAAGAGUAUUUGAGUUAAUAAACAGGGACAAUAUUUUGAUUUAA